CGACGUAAUGUCUCAAGAGCGGCGCGACACCAAGAAGGUGUUCAUGGCGAGCGGCGGGGCCCAACGCAUGGGCGCACUCCCCGACGACCUCCUCCACCACGUGCUCUCCUUCCUCCCCGCGCACGAAGCGGUGCGGACGUGCCUGCUCGCGCGGCGCUGGCGGCACCUCUGGAAAUCCGUCGCCGCCUUGCGCAUCACCGGCGUUAAGGGGUGCAAGAACGCUGCGUGGUUCGUCAACUUCAUCGACAACCUGCUCUUCCUCCGCGACCCCCGCGUCCGCCUUGAGUCCUUCGAGAUCGACCUCGACGAGCGCAACUUCGAUUUCGAGGCGUUCCUCCCCGCCAAUGAGGCGGGUGGGAGGCCCCAUCGCCCUCGGGGGUGA